UUUCAUUGUCCGUCCAGGAAUCUCCGCCCUUCGCGCUUCAGCGUCUAUCUCGGCUCCCAUGAGACCACGCAGUCGAGGGAAUGGGAAGUACGCGCGGCCGUCGAAGAAAUCUGCAUCCACCCUGCCUCGUAUCGGACCACAUGGCCGGGUGGUAUACAGGACAUUGCAAUCAUAAAACUCACACGGAAAGUGAACAUGACAAAAACAAUUCAGCCAGUAUGCCUUCCAAACCAAGGGGAACACCUCCCGACAGGAUCCAAGCUCUACGUCACAGGAUGGGGUGAAGUAGGAGGAGGCUGGUCCGCAAGGGAAUUGAAGCAGGCUAUGGUAUCGGCAAUUUCACAUCAAGAGUGUCGGCGAAUAAGACCCGGCAUAAUUCCUCAAUUGUUUUGUGGUGGUCAUGGAUACGGCAGUGCCUGUAGUGGAGACAGUGGGAGCCCCGUUGUACACUUUGCGAACGGCGAGUGGUCGCUUCACGGAAUCGUCAGUGCCGGCCCCUCGGUGUGUGGAUCAAGAUUUGCACCCCACAUGUUUACCAGGGUGUCGGCGUACGUGGACACUUUCAUCGCUCCAUACAUCGACCCACUAACAAGCCGUCAAAAAAUUCGCGAAAUUUGAGCUGUAAAACAGUAGCUGCAAUAAAUCGACGCUUUUUAAUA